AUGACUACUGGUGGCAUCGACGAGUCGCUACCUCGACCUUCUCCCAGUCGAUUUGGUUCAUCAGAUCAUGCGUUGAAUGGCCUACUUGCGGCUUGGAUCCCUGGCGUCCAGUGGGUGACCAUCGUUGUCGUCAGAUGGCAUCUAGCGUCUUUCGAGCCUGAAACCCCUAAGAAACCGGGAGAAGCCAAUGCUUUGUCUAGCUAG